AUGGCUCCUUCAGCGACUGAUACUAAUUGGUCCGUCGAUUUUGAUACCAUCCGACGGCACCAGCUUUUCAAGAACCCUCCCAAGGACCACACCGCAUUUCCCUCGUUGGCGGCUGCCAUUCGGCCACACCUUGACUCUUUCAACGCGCUUUUCGAGGGCAGCAAGGCCCUUGAAGCAGGCUUGAAAGAUAUCGGCAUCAAGACUUUUUUGGAUGGUGAUGCUGAGACGGCCGAGGAGAAGAGAGCACGGAAAGCGGAGGGACGACGACCUCCGAAACGCAACAGGCUUAAUGUUCGAAUCAGGGAAAUCUUCCUUGAGAAACCGGCCAUACCCGCAACAAAUAAAUUCGCUACUCGUAACCGCAGUGUCUACCCUUCAGAAGCCAGAGAGAGACAUGCUACAUACCGUGGGAAGCUGCGCGCGAGGCUCGAGUAUCAGGUUAAUAAUGGAGACUGGAUGGAGUCGAUCAGAGAACUUGGCCAGGUGCCCAUCAUGCUGAGGACCAAUCGAUGCCACCUGGAGAAGGCGACGCCCCAGGAGCUUGUCCAGCACAAAGAAGAGUCGGAGGAGCUGGGUGGCUAUUUUAUCGUCAAUGGUAACGAGAAGCUUAUCCGUAUGUUGGUUGUCGGCAAGAGAAACUUCCCCAUGGCAAUUGUCCGUGGUUCCUUCGUUCGUCGUGGUCACACCUACACCAAGUUCGGUAUUCAAAUACGAUCAGUGCGCCCUGAUCAGACAUCGCAGACGAAUGUUCUUCACUACCUCAGCGAUGGGAACGUGACCUUCCGAUUCUCUUGGCGGAAAAACGAGUACCUCAUCCCGGUUAUGAUGAUCAUGAAAGCUUUGGUUGAAACGAACGAUCGCGAAAUCUUCGAAGGCAUUGUCGGCAGCGCUACGUCCAAGGGCGUCAACAACACAUUCGUGACGGACCGUGUGGAACUGCUGCUGAGAACAUACAAAGCCUACAACGUACAUACGCGUUCUUCCUGCCGAGCUUAUCUGGGCGAGAAGUUCAAGCCCGUUCUUGGUGUUCCGGCAGACAUGUCCAACGAGGACGCCGGUACAGAGUUCCUCCGCAAGAUUGUCUUGCCUCAUCUCGGUAACCAGAAUGUCACUGAAACCCAAGACUAUGACAAAUUCAAGUUGAUCAUGUUCAUGAUCCGGAAGCUCUAUGCGCUUGUUGCUGGAGAUUGUGCCCCAGACAACCCGGAUGCCGUUUCCAACCAGGAAAUCCUGCUCGGCGGUUUCCUUUACGGCAUGAUUCUCAAGGAACAGCUUGAGGAAUGGAUGAGAUCUUUUGGCCCUAUCCUGAGGGAUUGGUCCAAUCGCAACGGUGGCGCAAAAUUCACGGAUCCGGCUUUCGAAAGAGAUUUCUUGAGCAAGAUUGUCAAGAGAACCAACGAGAACAUCGGUGGUAAGCUGGAGUAUUUCCUGUCGACUGGUAACCUCGUCAGUCCCACGGGUCUCGAUUUACAACAGGUGUCUGGUUACACUGUCAUGGCGGAAAAGAUCAACUUCUACCGAUUCAUCAGUCACUUCCGAAUGAUUCACAGAGGUAGUUUCUUCGCACAGCUGAAAACAACUACUGUUCGUAAGCUGCUUCCCGAGAGUUGGGGUUUCCUUUGCCCGGUUCACACUCCUGAUGGAGCACCCUGUGGGUUGCUUAACCAUCUUGCUCACAAGUGCUUGAUCGCCACAAGCGAUGUCAACGUCUCUCAUCUCCCAAAGCUGUUGGUGCAGCUUGGUGUACGAUCUGAAUCUUCAGUUGCCUUGGAAGACAGCGUUACAGUUCAGCUGGAUGGCAGAAUCGUUGGAUAUUGCUCACCCAAGCAGGCCCGUAUGAUAGCGGAUACCGUUCGGCACUGGAAGGUCUCGGGUACACACAAUAUCCCACGAGAAUUGGAGAUCGGUUAUGUUCCCAAUUCGAAUGGUGGCCAAUAUCCUGGUGUCUACAUGUUCUCUCAAGCCGCCAGAAUGUACAGACCUGUCAAGUACCUACCACUCGACAAGCUUGACUACGUCGGUCCCUUCGAACAGCCCUUUAUGGAGAUUGCAUGCUUGCCCGACGAUCUUGUCGCGGGCGUGUCCACGCACAUUGAGUUCACACCGACGAACAUCCUAUCCAUCGUCGCCAACAUGACACCUUUCUCCGACUAUAACCAGUCGCCCCGUAACAUGUACCAGUGCCAGAUGAGCAAGCAGACGAUGGGUACACCCGGUACAGCGAUCGAUUACCGUACGGACAACAAGCUGUACAGAUUGCAGACUGGUCAGACGCCCAUUGUGCGACCUCCGCUGUACAAUGCAUAUGGAUUAGACAACUUCCCGAACGGCACAAACGCGGUCGUGGCGAUUAUCUCGUAUACCGGGUACGACAUGGAUGACGCCAUGAUUAUCAACAAGUCGUCGCACGAGCGCGGCUUCGGCUACGGUACUAUUUACAAGACCAAGAUCCACUCUCUUGAUGACAAGGACUCGCGGCGCAGCAAAUCCAGACGCGAGAUCACCAAGCUCUUCGGUUUCGCUCCUGGCGGAGAGAUCCGGGCAGAGUGGCGUACUACGCUCGACGAGGACGGUCUCCCUCAUGUGGGUGCCAGAGUCAAGGAGGGCAGUCUAAUUGCUGCAUGGCAUACUGUGCGCUAUGAUGCUGCUUCUGACUCUUACAUGAACGUUGACGGCAUCACGCACUUCGUCAAAUAUAAAGACGCAGAAGAAGGAUACAUUGACAGCAUCCGGAUCAUGGGUGCUGAGACGGGUUUGGAGCCGUGCCAGACACUGAGCGUCAAGUACCGUAUCCCCAGAAAACCAGUUAUCGGUGACAAAUUUUCUUCUCGUCACGGACAGAAGGGUGUCUGCUCUCAGCUCUGGCCUGCGGUUGACAUGCCCUUCUCCGAGAGCGGUAUCCAGCCAGAUCUGAUCAUUAACCCUCACGCCUUCCCUUCUCGUAUGACCAUCGCCCAAAUGAUCGAAUCCAUGGCCGGCAAGGCCGGAGCUCUGCAUGGCCAUCCUCAAGACUCGACCCCCUUCCAAUUUUCGGAAGAAAACACCGCGGCAGACUACUUCGGCCAGCAGCUGCGCAAGGCCGGCUACAACUACUUCGGCAACGAGCCCCUCUACAGCGGUAUCACAGGCAAGGAAUUCGCCGCCGACAUCUUCAUCGGCGUGGUCCACUACCAGCGUCUCCGACACAUGGUCAACGACAAGUUCCAGGUCCGGACAACCGGCCCCGUCAACCAGCUGACCGGCCAGCCCGUCAAGGGCCGUGCCAAGGGAGGUGGUAUACGUGUCGGAGAGAUGGAGCGCGACUCGCUCAUCGCCCACGGUGCGGCCUUCAUCCUCCAGGACCGUCUGAUGAACUGCUCCGACUCCCAGCGCGCCUGGAUCUGCCGCGACUGCGGCUCCUUCCUCUCCACCCAGGUCGCCGUCUCGUCCGCCGGCUCCAGCAAGGCCCGUUUGGCCGCUUCCGCCGCGGCGGCCGCCAAGAACGCCCUCGCCCAGCAGAGCGGUGCGCCGGGCAUUGUGCGCUGCCGACGCUGCGCCCGCGAGGCUGUUUUCGAGGACUCCCGUGCCGUGGUGUGGGAGGACGGUGACGGCCGUCGCUAUGUGGGCGGCGACAAUGUCACCAUCGUCGCUGUCCCGGGUGUCCUGCGCUACCUUGACGUGGAACUCGCCGCGAUGGGCAUCAGAAUGAAGUUCUGGGUUGACAAUUAA